AUGUUCUCCCUGUUCACCUUCAUGCUCUCCCUCUUCGCCAUUGUCUCUGCUUUCCCUCUCGUCGUUCGUGAUGUCUUCGUGCCCCCUGUCACAAGCCCGACCUCCGGUGACGUUUGGAUUGUCGGCACCCAGCAGACAGUGACUUGGGAUAUUUCGAACGCGCCCCAGCAAAUUACGAACCCCAAGGGCGAAGUGGUCCUCGCGAAGGGCGGCCUUCUGGACAUCGACCACCCUUUGGCUUCCGGCUUCGACAUCUUGGAUGGCUCCGUGAACGUGACUGUCCCUGAGGUGGAUGCUGGCACGGACUACACUAUCGUUUUGUUCGGAGACUCCGGCAACGAUAGUGCCAAUUUCACUAUUAUCAGCGCCGCGAUUGGCAAUUGA